UGCUUGCACUCCAAAGUCCAGACACAGGAAGAAAAAAAGGAAAUGAUUUAUAGUAGAGUUUUCCUUUCACCCAAAAACCAGAGACAAGUACAAUACUGAACGAAGAAGAAGCAUACACAGGUGUGGAAUUGAAUUGAGAAUUCCCAACUGUAAUAACCGUCCAUUCAAAGAGGCAAAAAGGGAAGAAGACCCAGUGAGGAAGUGAGGAUCCGGAUCCGAAAUUCUCUACCCCAAUGAUGGAUCCGAAUCUGGAUUUGCAGGAAUCGGGCUGGGAGGAACUCAGGAAGGAGGCUCGUAAGAUCGAGGGGGAUCUUGAUGUCAAGCUAUCUUCUUAUGCUAAGCUUGGUGCUAGGUUCACCCAAGGAGGAUAUGUGGACACUGGAUCACCCACUGUUAGCUCCAGCAGGUCAUGGAAGUCCAUGGAAAUGGAGAUCCAAUCCUUGCUUGAGAAGCUACUUGAUACAAAUGAUGCUAUGAGCCGAUGUGCUGCAUCUGCUGCACCUACUACUUCUGUUACUCAGAAGCUAGCAAGGCAUAGAGACAUACUUCAUGAGUUUACCCAGGAAUUUAGACGGAUCAAGGGAAACAUGAACUCAAUGAGGGAACAUGCAGAGCUUCUGAGUUCUGUCAGGGAUGAUAUCAGUGAAUACAAGGCAUCUGGGAGUAUGUCACCUAGAAUGCAGUUACUACGAGAGAGGGCUGCUAUCCAUGGAAGCAUAUCCCAUAUAGAUGAUGUGAUUAGUCAAGCUCAAACGACAAGGGCUGCCUUGAACUCUCAAAGAACUUUGUUUGGGGAUUUUCAAGGGAAAGUGAAACUAUUAAGUGACAAGUUCCCUAUAAUCCGUGGCCUGCUUGGUUCAAUCAGGAGGCGGCGAUCAAGAGAUACUCUCAUUCUCUCUGCAGUGAUCGCGGCUUGUACGUUGUUCUUGAUUAUCUAUUGGCUUUCAAAAUGACCAGACAUGCAAUUUAUUGUUUUGGAACUAUAACAAUUGUGCUUUCCUAGGGAAUUUUGCUUCUGUAGUUUUGUGAUAACAAAUCAAGCUCACUGUUUUAACACUUGGUGAUACCCUUUUGUGGUGCCAUCGUUCAACAAAUUUCUUUCUGUUUCAUAA